GAAGACCGCUGCGGUUCCUCCAACCGGCUCUAGAUGAUCCGAUCAUCGAGUAUCCCCCUCCAUCCUUCUAUCUAUCGCGCAACUCACACCUACGAUCAUCAUGAAGGUCACUACCAGCGUUUUGGCGCUCCUACCAGCUGCUUUGGCUGCUCCGCGCCUCUUCUCUCCGGGAAACGCCCUCGAUCUGGCCGGUGACGUUAUUGAGAAGGCUCAAUCUUGGCUCUCUGAUGAGAAAGAUCAGUGGAUCGCUGCCAACGACGACGUAGCUGCUGCCCUUCGCAUCAAUACAGUGAACAUGCACGGAAUGGAGUACAUGACCGUGGAGCACCCAGCAUUCCCAUUGCACCGAUUACGUGUCGUUGAGCCCGAUGUCUGUGACCCGGCAGUCAAGCAGUUGUCUGGAUAUCUCGACAUCUCAGAGACCAAGCAUUUGUUCUUCUGGUUCCAGGAGAGUCGAAAUAAGCCUAAGGAGGACCCUUUGGUUCUUUGGUUGAAUGGUGGACCAGGAUGCUCCUCUACGACCGGACUCAUGUUCGAGCUCGGAGGAUGUGCCAUCGCCGAUGAGGGACGCAAUCUCACUUAUAACAAGUACGCCUGGAACUCCGUGGCUAAUGUUAUUUACCUUGACCAACCCAUUGGUGUCGGAUUCUCCUACGCCGAUGGCUCGGAGGAGGUCUCCGAUUCGCAUGCCGCGGCCGAGGACGUGUAUGCCUUUUUGUCCCUGUUCAUCUCGCAGUUCCGAAAGUACUCCAAGCAGGACUUUCACGUCGCCGGAGAGUCAUAUGCAGGCCAGUACAUUCCAAACAUUGCCGAUGUCAUCUACAAGAAAACCGCUGCGCUCGCUGCUGCGCCCAACCCAAACCUCCCUACUUUGAACUUCAAGUCUGUUCUCAUCGGUGACGGUGUGACGGACCCCAAAGCUCAGUACGCCUCCGUGCCAGACUGGGCCUGCGAUGGACCUUACGCUGUGUUUGACCCCAGAGGAUCUGAAUGCGCCAAUUUGAGGACCAAGGCGGCUAGAUGUGAACGACUCGCUGAAGCGUGUUAUAAAUCCAACACUCGAUUCACUUGUGUCCCUGCGGAGCUAUACUGUGUCACACAGAUGAUCGGCCCCAUACAGCAGCUUGGUCUCAACCUCUACGACGUCCGGCGACCGUGCAAUCAUAGCGAAGAGGCAGACGGACCAUUGUGCUACCGAGAGACUCGAUGGGUUGAAACCUACCUCAAUCAACCUGCUGUCAAGGAGAACCUUGGAGUUCCUGCUGAAAUCAACUUUGAGUCGUGCAACAACCAGAUCAACCAGAAGUUCCUGUUGCAAGGCGACGGGGUACACUAUGCCGGUGCCCUUCUUGGACCUUUGAUCGACUCCGGAAUCCGAGUCUUGAUCUACGCUGGACAAGCCGAUGCGAUCGUCAAUUAUAUUGGCUGCUCGCGAGUUGUGGACAACCUUCAGAUGCGGUAUGCGGCCGACUAUGCAGCUGCAAAGGUCCACAACUUCACAGACAUCAAUGGAGAUGUCGUCGGAUGGACCAAGCAGGCCGGCAAAGGAGCGGGCAACAUUACGUUUGUCGCUUUCGAGAAUGCUGGACACAUGGUCCCCCACGACGAUCCUAUGGGAGCCUUGGCCAUGGUCUCCCGAUGGUUCAACAACGAACCUUUGGCUUGAUUUUGAUAGGCGCGAGGCGCCUAAGAUUGAUAUAGUAUUAUAAGAUACAUGAAUCGGCGUA